AUGGCGUCGUUGCCGUUCCCAGACGGCGACGACACCUGCGUGCAGUGGGCCCAGAAGAAUCCCAAGAAGCUGGGCAGCCUCUCGUUCGAGCGGUACGAAAGGUACAAGGGCAGCAGGACCGUCCGGGAGGCGAAAGCGCGCGGGGCCAUCAGAGCGGACUUCGAGAAUGAUCACAAGAAGGGUUUCAUGAAGAUUGCCAAGCGCCUGUGGUUCCGUCUAAGAGCGCCGAGCCGCCGGCUUCUUCUCCGCUCAGUGUUGAACCAGCAGCGGCAUCGGGCGCAGGCUUUGCACCAGUGUCUCCGUCCAAGAACUCUGCCCAGGCGCCCAUACAGCCGCCCGCUCCUUCGCCGGCGAGUGUUGAAUUAG